AUGAGUCAGGAAUCGUUCAUAUACAGCUUUGUGGCCAGGGGCACAAUGAUCCUGGCCGAGUACACUGAGUUCACCGGUAACUUCCCGGCGAUUGCGACUCAGUGCCUUCAGAAACUGCCGUCUUCUAACAACAAGUUUACCUACAGCUGCGAUCACCACACCUUCAAUUUUCUCGUCGAGGAUGGCUAUGCGUACUGUGUGGUUGCCAAAGACUCUGUUGGCAAACAGAUAUCUAUUGCAUUUUUGGAACGAAUGAAAGCUGACUUUAGAAAAAGAUAUGGGGGUGGUAAAGCAGAUACGGCUAUUGCCAAAAGUCUUAACAAGGAAUUCGGACCAAUAAUGAAAGAGCACAUGAAGUAUAUUAUCGAUCAUGCAGAAGAGAUUGAAAAGCUAUUGAAAGUGAAGGCGCAGGUUUCAGAAGUUAAAAGUAUAAUGUUAGAGAAUAUUGACAAGGCUAUUGAUAGAGGGGAAAACCUGACUGUUCUUGUUGACAAGACUGAAACCCUUCGUUCUCAGGCCCAAGACUACAGAAGUAAGGGGACACAAAUCAGAAGGAAAAUGUGGUAUCAAAACAUGAAGAUAAAGUUGGUCGUUUUCGGAAUCCUGUUACUUCUGGUCUUGUUGACCGAUUAG